AUGGAGGACAGCACACGGAGACUGUUUCGCGCGCGGAAAACUUGCUGUGACAUGCUCCAGGACCGCGGUUACAUUGUUUCAGCGCAGGAAAAAAAUGAGUCGUGGAAUGAUUUCCUUCAUAGGUUUCAAGAAAAUGAAUGCAACCGUUCGCGAAUGCUCUUGAUAGCCUCGCACAAAGUAGAUCCUGACAACCGGGUUAUAGUCUACUUUGCGGAUGAGACAAAGAAGACCGGCGUGAAGCCGAUCCGCGAGCUGACAGAGCGGAUGGAGGAGAGAAAUAUUCAAAGGGCGAUUCUGGUUACGCAAAACGUUCUCACGGCCUUUGCCCGAGAUGCUAUCAGUGAGGCAGCCCCGCGGCAUAUAAUAGAGAAUUUUAUGGAAUCAGAGUUGUUGGUCAACAUCACAAAACACGAGCUGGUGCCGAAGCACGUGCCGUUGACAAACGAGGAAAAGCAAAACCUCCUCAAUAGAUACCGAGUAAAAGAGAUUCAGCUUCCACGCAUUCAGUCGGCGGACCCAGUCGCGCGGUAUUUUGGGUUGUCUCGCGGACAGGUGGUCAAAAUCAUCCGGCCUAGCGAGACGGCGGGGAGGUAUGUAACCUACCGUCUUGUCGUGUAA